CAGGAGUUGGUGGUGGACAGGGAGGCCUGGCAUGCUGCAAUUCAUGGGGUUGCAAAGAGUCGGACAUGACUGAGCGACUGAACUGAAGUCAUCUCAUCUUUUUUAGUUCUUUCCUUCUUAUCUCAAGACUUAUUAUAAAUAAAAGGCUGCAUUUGAGAUACUUUUAUAGAGUGUUAUUUUUUUUCAAAAUUGAUUUAGUUGUGGCUAAGGGGGAAAACUGAAGAGGCAACUGUCAUAGUGAUUGUAUUUCUGCACAGGUUCAAACUCUAGGAAGAAAAUUAAUAUAGAAGAAGCCAUCUAACCAAGUCUUUAUGUCCUUGAAUUUCAUCCUCAAGAACACUUAUAAGGAAAAUGACUGGUGAAAGGAGUCAUUGUAGGGAGAAGGUGGGAGCAGGCAUCAGAUUAAAACAUUUUAAGCUAUGACUCAGAUAAAAGAAACAGUAGGUAUCAGAAGUUGGUGUUUUAAGAGGAUUCCUCUAAGAUGUCAGCCACUGUUAAAUGAAGAUCAUUUAAAGGAUUCCACUUUUUAAUUUGACAAAUGGUUACCAUAUAUCUGAUCACCAGGGUGAAGAGAAUUCAUAUAUGUGGUGCUGUUACCAUUUUGUGUAUCAUGGAGCUUAUGCUGUACUGUCUAAACAGGGUGCCAGCAAGUCAUCCUGAAAUAGGAUGCAGGAGCUCUGCUAAUGACCACACUUUUCUCACCCCUCACCAACUCCCAGGGACGGGGGAGCCUGGUGGGCUGCCGUCUAUGGGGUUGCACAGAGUCGGACACGACUGAAGCGACUUAGCAGCAGCAGCACCAACUCCUUUGCUUGUUGUUCCUUUCUUCCUGGACUGCAGCUCAGUGGUAGGAAGAGUGAGAAUAGGUUUUCAAGUCUGAAUAUAAAAUAUUCAUUUUGUCAAGAUUUAGUAUUCUAAAAUGGAAUAUAUGUAUGUAUCAGUUUAGUUCAGUUGCUCAGUUGUGUCCGACUCUUUGCGACCCCAUGAAUCACAGCACGCCAGGCCUCCCUGUCCAUCACCAACUCCCGGAGUUCACUCAGACUCAUGUCCAUCGAGUCGGUGAUGCCAUCGAGCCAUGUCAUCAAACACAGUAUUUUUUUGUACGUAUACACAGGUGGUUUUUCUCCCCUGUGAGGAGCCUGCAUAUCCGAGAGCUCCAUUUGUCAUUGCUGUUUAGUUGCUCCGUGUGUCCAGCUCUUUUGUGACCCCGUGGACAGCAACCCGCCAGGCUCCUCUGUCCAUGGGAUUUCCCAGGCAAAGAAUACUUGAGGGGGUUGCCAUUUCCUUCUCCAGAGAGUCUUCCCGACCCAGGGACUGAACGCACGUCUCCUGCUUGGCAGGUGGAUUCUUUACCACUGAGCCACCAGGGAAGCCCAAGAGCUCCAUUAGGGGAGAGCAAAGCACUUUCUUAUAUGAGAGGAAAGCUUUGAGAAAUCAUUACAUGGUCAGACUUUUGUUUAUAUAAGUGAGGAGAAAGUACCAUUAUUUUUAUUUGGACUUACAUAGUUUAUUGGCUUAAGGGUGUGUGUGUGUGUGUAUGUAUGUGUAUACAAAUAUAUGUACACUGUUUCAUCAAAUGUAAAUUUUUUAUUUUGUUAGAAAUUUGAAAGGAAGUUCAUAAGACUGACCAGAGAUAUGCAGAGGAAUGUAAGAUAUACUGAUACCAUGUUGUACUAACUACUUUAAUCCACAAUUUGAUUUGUGCCUGGGUCAAAAGUUGCCAUUUUAAAGACAUUUAAGAUAUAUUAUCAUCUUUUUACCUGAGAAGUCAUUUGUCAUCAGGACUGUUGACCAGGAGCUUUCCUUUUCAUGAGAGAUAAGUAACCCUCCGAGUUCUUACUGUUUGGCUCACAGUGGGCUCCUUCCCUCUGUCGUCAGGAUCCUGUGACUCCCCCCCAGUUAUGGUCCUAAUAGGCAUAAGGGCAGUGGAAGUCUUUCCAAUAGAAGGUUCUUGAAAUGGGUACAACGGCAAACAGAAGGCCUGCUUUUCCUGCAGAUGCAGGAAAAUGGUGCAGGAGGCCAUUGGGAGACAAAGGAUUCGCACCUGGUUGAUCCUUGGCAGGAAUAUCGUUAAGAACAUUUAACUGUAUUUUCAUGUGUAUUUAAUGGAAAUAUUUUUAUUGGAAUAUGUCGUAAAAACAGAAAAGUAAUCCCAAGGAUCUGGGUUGGCUCAUUACACAUAAUUCUAUCUCCAAUGUUUUAGAGAAAUGAUGGGUUUCUAAAACUUUUAACUCCAGAAUUCAUUUGCUAGAAGUAGCCUCCCCUCUUGACACUUCAUAGAGGCCCUUUAGCGGCCACGCGAGCUGAGCCCGCCUUGCGCAGCCGCAGCAGCGAGCUGGAGGGGCUGUCGGGAGGCUUCGGCUUUGCGCAGCCGCAUAGCGGGCUGGAGGGGUUGUUGCGAGGCCCCGGCCUUGCGCAGCCGCAUUGAGGGCUGAGAACUGGCCAACGGUCGCAGCUCUCUCCUUUGUAGCUUCUAAGGGCGCCUGCUGCUUUCUGCCUUCACUUCUCAAGUGAAUAGCCAUGAGCUGGACUGUGGGAAUCCUGCGGGCCAGCCAGAGAGCGGGCACUGUGAGGGCGAAUUUCCUGGGCCCGGGAAUGGCCCCAAGCCCCCGCCCGCCGGCAGCCACCCCCCUCGGGGGCGCCUGGGCCGUGGCCCCCGCGUCCAAGAUGGCGACGGUCAAGUGUGAGCUGAUGAAGAAUUUCACUUCAGAGGAGCCUGUUCGCAACAGUAAGAUCUCUAUCGUAGGAACUGGAUCGGUUGGCAUGGCCUGUGCUGUCAGCAUCCUGUUAAAAGGCUUGAGCGAUGAACUCGCCCUGGUGGAUGUUGAUGAAGGCCGACUGAAGGGUGAGACAAUGGAUCUUCAGCAUGGCAGCCUUUUCGUGAAAAUGCCAAACAUUGUUUCCAGCAGAGAUUACGUUGUCACUGCAAACUCCAACCUCGUGAUUAUCACGGCAGGUGCACGCCAGGAAAAAGGAGAAACACGCCUUAAUUUAGUCCAGCGAAAUGUGGCCAUCUUUAAGUUAAUGAUGUCCAGUAUUGUUCAGUACAGUCCACGCUGCAAACUGAUUGUGGUUUCCAAUCCGGUGGAUAUCUUGACGUACGUAGCCUGGAAGUUGAGUGCCUUUCCCCAAAAUCGUGUUAUUGGAAGUGGUUGCAAUCUGGACACUGCCCGUUUCCGUUUCUUGAUUGGGCAAAGGCUUAGUAUCCAUUCUGAAAGCUGUCAUGGGUGGAUCCUUGGAGAGCACGGAGACUCAAGUGUUCCCGUGUGGAGUGGCGUGAACAUUGCAGGUGUCCCUCUGAAGGAACUGAAUUUAGAUAUAGGAACUGAUAAAGAUCCGGAGCAGUGGAAAAAUGUUCACAAAGAUGUGGUUGCUAGUGCCUAUGAGAUUAUUAAAAUGAAAGGUUAUACUUCUUGGGCCAUUGGCCUGUCUGUAGCUGACCUAACAGAAAGUAUUUUGAAGAAUCUUAGGAGAGUGCAUCCAGUUUCCACCAGAAUUAAGGGUCUCUAUGGAAUAAAUGAAGAAGUAUUCCUCAGUGUUCCUUGUAUCCUGGGGGAGAGUGGUAUUACUGACCUUAUAAAAGUGAAGUUGGCCCCUGAAGAAGAGGCGCGUCUGCAGAAGAGUGCAAAAACACUUUGGGAUAUUCAAAAGGAGCUUAAGUUUUAAAGUUGUUUAAAACCACCUACCAUUCUGAAGUUACUGAAGAAAGAUAGCGGUUAUGGUCUUGUGUAUUCUAGUUUUUGAAUAAACUUGAAUUCCUAAAACUUGGAAACAGGGGUAGAGUGACUCCCCUAUUUAGCCUCCCCCCCGACUUUUAUUUAGCAUCCAGAUGCUAGGUUAUACUUCUUAACAGUUCUAAGUGACUGCGUCAAAUAAGGUGCCAAUGAUUGUACCAACUGUACCAGUCAUUAUACCCGUGAUUUACCAGUCCUUGCUUUAUGUGUGUGUGCAUGUAGAGUUGCCAAUUGUUAAAAAAAAAAAUGUGGGAUGCAGGUGUUUGUUGUUUUACAGAAAUUCUGAUUCUUUUCAUUAAGUACAUGUUCAUUCUUUUGUUCUGAGUGCCUUAUACCUAUGUUCACUUAUAAGUAACUUCCUGUACAGUGUGAAAAUAAACGUAUACACGGAAGCUCUGUUAUUGAGCCAUCAGUAUCUUCAUUCCCCUGUGACAGUCUAUCACCCAGGCUUUAAAAAAAAAAAGCGUCAUAAAGUGGGAGUGCAAGCAAGUCCUGUGUGUUCUGUGUUUGUGCAUGCUCAUGUAUGUGUGCCAGUGAAGCAGGAUCAUUAGGUAAAGUAUGAAAAUGAUAGUGAUUUGGUUGGUAACUAUUAUAAAGUAUUUCUUAAUAUAUAAUAUAUAUAUAUAAUUGAAGUAUAGACUGUUUCAGGUAUACAGCAAGGUCAUUCAGUUAUAUAUAUAUGUAUGUUAUUUCUCAGAUUUUCUGUUACAGGUUAUUACAAGAUACUGUAGUUCCCUGUACUAUACAAUAAAUCUUUGUUGCUUGCUGCAUAUCUUUUAAAAUUAGAAAUCUAGCAUUCUAGUCAUAUGAAGUCAAACAAGUGGAGUCAAAAUGUCAUAAUUUUUUUUAUUAUUUAGUGCAGUAAAAUAUAAAGCUUUUAGGAAGAGGCCUGACAGUCAUAGGUGGUUCAGUUACUAAAAAUAAAGCCUGAUUGAAAUAGUUUUAGAACUGCUGCUGAGAACCUGAGACCUGUUAGCACCUUAAAUCAAGAAGCAUGUUAUAAAUUGUUCUUACUGGGCUGAGUCUUAGCUGCAGAGCAUGCCCUGGCCCUAAGACACUCUAGGGUCAUCCCUGUUGCUCAGUUUACUGCACAUUAACAGAAAGCUUUUGCUUUUGAAUUGUGCCCUGUUGUUAAUCAUUGUCAUAAUAAUUGACCAUUUUUUAAUGAGUACUUCAGGGAUUGUAUUGCUCAGAAAGUUACCUGUUCACUUUUUAUUCCUAAAUCAAUUGACUUUACUACAAAUUUUAGACUGUAUGGAUGUGAUAACGGUGAAGGUUUAGGAGAGAGAUGCUUGUCUGACCUUCACCUAAAUAAUGGGACUAAUAACUUAGAAAACGAGAAUCUUAGCCUUCCUAAUGCAAAUGAAUAUUGAAUUCAUUCUGAAUAUUGAACAUACCAUGUAAAAUUACAUGGUAUGUUCAGACAUUCUCAGAUUUAUGUGGGUAUCAACAGGCCUAAUCAAAAAUUGAAAUAUACCAGCAGCUGCUCUCUAAAUUAAGCCUAGUCCUGCUUAGUACAGUUUUAUUAAGCAGACAUAGGACUAUAAUCCACCCCCAAAAAACUGACUCUUCACUUAACCAAGCUGAUCAGAGCUCCCACACUAGUUCAUUGAAAAUAUCAAAAUGUUCUGAUUUCCUCAGAAGCUGUGUCAUAUAAUGGGAUUAAUCAAUGUGCUGAGCUCCCUGAAGAGAAGAGUGGUGGUUUGGUUUUUCCAGGUGAUUCUAAAACCUAUUUAAGCUUAAUUAACACCAAGUUUCUCUUCCCCUUUGUCCAACCCUUAAGUUUUUAUUCUCCCAUGUUUAAGCCAAAUUUAACAUAAUAGUGAAGGAUAUCAGAGCCUGCCUUAGGUCUGUUCUUGAUUUCUCUUCACCAGCUAUGUCAGUCAGGAUAGGCUGGGUUAUACCACAGUAAAAGAAUAAUCCCCAACUGUGUGGCUUCAAGGUUUAUUUCUUUCCUAAAAUUCACUGGGUUUAUGCAGCUCUCUAGGGAACCUGUCCUCCACAGGAGGGCUUCCUACCUCAAGCUUCUUUCAUCUUGAGGCACCGCUGCAGCACACAGGUUUCCCUGAUUGCUAUGGAAAGGGAAGAGAGGCCUGGAGGCUGGAACACUUGAAAUAAUAUGCUUCACCUUGGAAGUGGCACAGAUUUCUUUUACUCAUAUUUCAUUAGCCAGAAUGAGUCACAUAGUUGCCUAACUUCAAGAGGGUAGAGAAGUAUUAUUCACUCACUCAGUCGUGUCUGACUCUUUGAGACUGCAGGGACUGCAGCAUGCCAGCCUUCCCUGUCCUUCACUGUCUCCCAAAAUUUGCUCAAACUCAUGUCCAUUGAGUUGGUGAUGCCAU